AUGUUCUCUCCCUCCCCCUCUUCCUCCUCGUCUCGCCCCUCUUGGUCUGCCCGUCUAAACGCCCCCCGUCCCAUCUUCCUAGGAUGGACAGCCAUGAUCUUCAUCGCCGGCACGUCCUACUGGUUUGUAAAGGAGCGCAACCUCCAAAAGCGAAAGACGAUUAUGCGACGGGAGGCUGAGGAGAAGAGGAGGGAGCUAGCGACGAACUCGGAGAUUUCAGGAGGAGGGAUUUCGCAAAGUGGUACGGGUGGAAGUGACGUCGAGGGCGAAGACGGGGAGCGCACAAAGGAGGCUUCCCUUGCACGGUACCUUGCGCAGGGCGAGCGGAGGGAGCGGCAGGAGAGCGGGCAGGCUGGUGUUGGCGGGGCGGGAGCUGGAGCGGCACAGAGCCCGUUGCAGAGCUUGCUGAACCAGCUCAAUAGACAGACAUCACAGCGUAGGAGAGGAGGCGGAGGAGAGGAGUGA